CAUGAAUAUCCCUCACCAGCCAUGCUCAGUCUAUUGCCUUGGCUGUUACAGCAGCCGCCAUAGUCUGUCUCACGCGCCAAUGCUGAUACAUGGGCACUUUUUGCAUCUGAAUCAGGGGCGUUGACUCUCGACUAUUGACUCAUGAUAAUGUAUCUGCCUAAUCCUCUUUAGAUCUGCCCGACUAUCGACCGCGGGGUGGAUACGCGCUGCUUAGUCGCGACGAUGGCUUUUCUUCUAGCCUCCGCCGAUGCCGUUGUCUUCCCCUCAUUUCCCUAAUUUAAGAGCUGUCUUUUUCUUCCCUGGACUUUUCUUUUUUUCUUUUCUUUCUUCUUCCAUCCAACUUUUGGCUAUCCACCAUGGCUUACUACGGUCAGCAACCAUACUCCUCCAGGCGGCCCUCCUUCAGGCCCCCCUCCAUACGGUCAGCCACCUUACGAGCGUCCUCCAUACGGCCAGUCGCCCUACGACCGUCCACCAUCUGGACCUCCCGGACCUCCUCGCUCUCCUUACGACCGUCCUCCUUCAGAUCGUCCUCCCUACGAGCGACCCCCAUCCGGAGCGCCCUACGAGCGCCCUCCACCCGGCUCUCCGUACGAUCGUCCACCAUCUGGUUCUCCCUACGAUCGUCCUCCCACCGGCCCUCCCGGCGGAAUCCGUCCCCCACCAAACCCUCCUGCUCCCCUUCCCCAAGGAUGGCUUUCAUACUGGGAACCUAGUGUCCGCAGAGCUUUCUUCUUCCAAGAAGCAACCGGCCGCUCUCAGUGGGAGCCACCCGUGGACGGACCGGAGCUCGGCUCGCGCGACAUGGGCCCUCCCCCACAAGCUGACAGCUACUACCGUGACGGACCCCCUCGACCUCCUAGCAACGGAUACGGCUCGCCGUACGGAGGCCCUCCGCCUGGCCCUCCCCAGCAAUACGGUGGAUACGGUCAGGGAGGAUACCCGCCGCAGGAGGGCGGAUAUGAUCCGCAGGCGGAAGAGCAGAAGAAAAAGAGCGACAAGAAGAAGAUGUUUGCUAUGGGAGCGGCUGGUCUUGCGUUGGGUGCCGCGGGCGGUGCAUUCAUCACUCAUGAAAUGCAUGAAAGUUCCUCGUCGGACGAAGAAGAGCGGGAAGAACGUCAUUACUCGGAACCUCCCGAGGAGUAUCCCGUGGAAGACUGGUGAUCUGCUUAAGGGCUCUCCACUAUUUCGGCAUUGUUUUGAAGUAUUUUAGCUGUUGAUAUUAGCAUAGCAUUUAGCAAAUAUUGAUCUACCUACUGAUCGCCCGAUCGACUGAUCUACAUUA